GAUCUGAAUAAUUGAGGAGCGAUUCAGCAGCAGCCGCUGCCUCCUCUCUUCCUUUACCACCACCACCGCCCGCAUCUCAGCUGGAAGUGCAGAUCGCCGGCCAUCAGCUUCCAGACCGUCACCUCCAGCCUCUCUGACGUUCAUGCCCAAGUCAAGGCUGCUUUGGGUCCCACUGGGCCUUUCUUAAAAGGACACGCACUCCUUGCUCCAUGAGUUCCAGGGUCGUCCACUAAGGCUUCUGUGGUCCUUUUCCAUCAGCAAACCUUCACUGCAACCCUACUGUUCAGGAUGAGUGGCUUUCUGGCCUCGCUGGACCCCCGGCGGGUGCAGUGGGGGGCUGCCUGGUAUGCAAUGCACUCUCGGAUCCUGCGUACCAAACCAGUGGAGUCCAUGCUGGAAGGGACUGGAGCAACCACAGCGCACGGUACCAAGCUAGCCCAGGUGCUCACCACUGUGGACCUCAUCUCUCUUGGAGUCGGCAGCUGCGUGGGCACUGGCAUGUAUGUGGUGUCUGGUCUGGUGGCCAAGGAAAUGGCAGGCCCUGGUGUCAUUGUGUCCUUCAUCAUUGCGGCCGUUGCAUCUAUAUUAUCAGGUGUGUGCUAUGCGGAGUUCGGAGUUCGAGUCCCCAAGACCACAGGAUCUGCCUACACCUACAGCUAUGUCACUGUCGGGGAAUUUGUGGCGUUUUUCAUCGGCUGGAACCUGAUUCUGGAGUACCUGAUCGGCACGGCCGCUGGAGCCAGUGCCCUGAGCAGCAUGUUCGACUCCCUGGCAAACCACACCAUCAGCCGCUGGAUGGUGGACACAGUGGGGACCCUCAACGGCCUCGGGAAAGGAGAAGAAUCAUACCCAGACCUCCUGGCUCUGGUGAUCGCUGUCAUUGUGACCAUCAUUGUGGCUCUGGGGGUAAAGAAUUCCGUGGGCUUCAACAACAUCCUCAAUGUCCUGAACCUGGCAGUGUGGGUGUUCAUCAUGAUCGCAGGCUUCUUCUUCGUCAAUGGCAAAUACUGGGCUGAGGGCCAGUUCUUGCCCCACGGCUGGUCAGGGGUACUGCAAGGAGCAGCCACAUGUUUCUAUGCUUUCAUUGGCUUUGACAUUAUUGCCACCACUGGGGAGGAAGCCCAGAACCCCAACACAUCCAUCCCAUACGCUAUCACUGCAUCCCUGGUCAUCUGCCUGACAGCGUAUGUGACUGUGAGCAUGAUCUUAACUCUGAUGGUGCCAUACUACGCCAUCGACACGGAGUCCCCUCUCAUGGAGAUGUUUGUGGCCCAUGGCUUCUAUGCCGCCAAGUUUGUGGUGGCUGUCGGGUCGGUGGCAGGACUGACAGUCAGCCUGCUGGGCUCCCUGUUCCCCAUGCCCAGAGUCAUUUAUGCCAUGGCUGGUGAUGGGCUGCUUUUCAGGUUCCUGGCUCACGUGAGCUCCUACACGGAGACACCAGUGGUAGCCUGCAUCGUGUCCGGAUUCCUAGCAGCUCUCCUCUCACUGCUGGUCAGCCUGAGGGACCUGAUAGAGAUGAUGUCCAUUGGCACACUCCUCGCCUACACCUUGGUCUCUGUCUGCGUCUUGCUCCUUCGAUACCAACCCGAGAGUGACAUUGAUGGUUUUGUCAAGUUCCUGUCUGAGGAACACACCAAGAAGAAGGAAGGCAUCCUGGCUGACUGUGAGAAAGAAACGUGUUCUCCUGUGAGUGAAGGGGAAGAGUUCUCCAGCCCUGCCACAAACACCUGUGGGGCCAAGAACCUGCCGUCCUUGGGAGACAAUGAGAUGCUCAUAGGGAAGUCCGAUAAGUCUGCCUACAAUGUCAACCACCCCAACUACGGCACUGUGGACAUGAGCACAGGCAUAGAAGCCGAUGAAUCAGAAAACAUCUAUCUCAUCAAGUUGAAGAAGCUGAUUGGACCUCGCUACUACACGAUGAGAAUCCGGCUGGGCCUUCCAGGCAAAAUGGACCGGCCCACAGCAGCAACAGGGCACACGGUGACCAUCUGCGUGCUCCUGCUCUUCAUCCUCAUGUUCAUCUUCUGCUCCUUCAUCAUCUUUGGCUCCGACUACAUCUCGGGCCAGAGCUGGUGGGCCAUCCUUCUGGUUGUUCUGAUGGUGCUGCUGAUCAGUGUGCUGGUGUUUGUAAUCUUGCAGCAGCCAGAGAACCCCAAGAAGCUGCCGUACAUGGCCCCCUGCCUCCCCUUUGUGCCCGCCUUUGCCAUGCUGGUGAAUAUCUAUCUCAUGCUAAAGCUCUCCACCAUCACAUGGAUCCGGUUUGCGGUCUGGUGCUUUGUGGGUAUGCUCAUUUAUUUUGGGUACGGCAUCUGGAACAGCACCCUGGAAAUCAGCGCCCGAGAACAGGCCCUGCACCAAAGCACAUACCAGCGCUACGAUGUGGAUGACCCCUUUUCUGUGGAGGAGGGGUUCUCCUACGCCACUGAGGGCGAGAGCCAGGAGGACUGGGGUGGGCCAGCUGAGGACAAAGGCUUCCAUUACCAACAGAUGUCAGACGCGAAGGCAAACACCCGGACGAGCAGCAAAGCGAAAAGUAAAAGCAAACACAAACAGAACUCAGAGGCCCUGAUUGCAAAUGAUGAGUUAGAUUGCUCUCCAGAGUAAGGCUAAACUCGCAGGAGCCUAGAGAGGGUGGUUUCUCUGUAAAUCGGCCUGUGUGCUAGAAGGCGGAAACUCUUCCCACUCAUUUCACAAACCCAGCCUUCCCCAAAGUCCGUCCCCAGGCAUAACCUGUCAUUUGCUACUUUUGCUGUUCAGGAGAGUUCUGUUGAAGGGUUUUGCCCAGGGCCCUUAACUGACCCCCUUGUAAAAAAAUCAAAAUCAAAAGACUACAUGAAAUUCUAUUUAGUGAGCUGUCACAGCCGAUAACAGCAAAUGUUUGCUUUACAGGAUGGAUCUUUGUGCUUCUUACUAAGACCUGAGGACACUUCCUCCAGCCCUGCUGAGGCUACAGGCCCUCCGGAGAGGACCCACAAAGGUGGCUGUGGGUGUGAAGCAGCUGUCUAUCCCCCAGAGCCCAGCUGGGAGCUACUCCCCCAGGGCUGUAGGUCAGGCUGUUUCAGGAUCUUCUCAGUGAGCAACACUGUGUUCUUAUACCUUACCACCCCAAAACUAUCCAUGGAGGAGACCUGGGCUUCUCUUUACUCACCAAAGUUCUUACAGUUUCCAGACUAUAAUUUUAGGAUCCAGAAAAGAUAGAAUGAAGCAAUUAUACAGUCCCCAUAGUACAGUAAGAAAUGCCAUCAAAGCUUUACUUAAAUGCCCAAAAUAAAUAAAUAAAUAAAAGCUUAAGUAACCUCUUGAAUAGAUGUCAGAAGGCAUUGGCAGAAAGGAACUGUCUGUCAUACAUUCCCUUAUGCCAGACUCUAAGUUCCUGGCGAUAUGGUGAAAGGGCAGAGGUGGAGUGUGAUUCCAUGCCUCUGAUAUGCCUGGAAGAAAUAGGCUAUUUGUUUUAUAAUCAGAUAAAAAUCUUUGCAAGGAAAAGUAACUCAGCCACUGAGAUCACAUUGCAAAUCCUACUUCAUAUUUCUAAAAUUAUAAAAUCUGCAGGGUUUUUUUGGUUUUUUGUUUUUUUUAGCUAGGUGACUACCUGAUUGGAUGCUGCUGCUUUGAAAACAGAGGUGUGGAAGGCCAGGUACUUGAGUCAUCAAGCUCAGGGAGAUCGCAUUCCCACCCGGAUCUCACUCCUCUGGGCUCGCUCACUGUUAGAGUAUUUUUCCCAUUAGUUCCCAAAGCACUUUCACUGAGGCCCAGGAAAAUAGCUUCCUGGUAAGGUUUAAAGUAUAGGCCACCAAAGGGUUCUUAAAAGAAUUUUCUCCAAAACAGGAUAGACGAAUUUAGAACAGAGAAAACACGAGGUUUCAAUAACAUGUGUACACAUGUGUAUGAAAACAAUUUUUCUCAUACUAAGAUUUUUGUGAGAAUCUUGGAACUGGGUAAAAGAGCAAAUUCCUUGCCCUCUCCUCAACUUAUCAUCGGCCAAAACUUUUCAUGAAUAUCAACUAACAUCCACAUCUUUUCUUUCUUAGUCUGAAGCUCAUGUUUUCUUGGCAUGUAUUAAAGUUACAGGGAGAAGGCAUGCUCCUGUUGAGCUGACUGACUGAAAUAUACCAAGGACUAAGGGGAGGCCAUGAGGAGAUCUGUAACUUCAGCCCUUGGGACGUAGGAGACAGGGAGGUGCAGGGGUGAAGGCCCAUGACAGAUGUGAGAGGCUUCAACACAACAGAGCAACUGAAACUAUUUUUUUAAGAUAAUGCUUUUAGAUAAAUUGCAUACCAUGCUCUUAGCCAAUGUAUGCUAUUGCAUUCAAAUAACUACAUUUUAAAGAUCUCGUUCAUCACUCCAUAUUAAUUCUGUAGAACCCUGGCUUCUGGUAUUCAUCGUAUCAUUUUUAUGUGAUGUCUGACAAAGCUGUUUCCUCUUGCCUAAACUUAACCAUCACAAAGCAGUGCCUGGCCUGUAACAAACUACCCUAGAGAAUUCACUGUAAAAUAAUUAUGAGUCAUGUUUGUUAAAACUAAGUUUUGAACUGAUGUAGGAUGCAAGAAAUCUGCCUACUUUAAACAUCUGUUAGGCUGGGUCCACUUCUCGGUAGAGGGGGUAAUGGUCUCUUCCUUAGAUAUGUUUAGGAGAAAUAUGGAAACAAAGCGACGAAUCUUAACGUGGGUGGAAAGUUAUGUCUUAUUGAUGGUGUUUAGGUAUUAAAGUAGCAAUGGUCUGGUGGCAGGUGUGUGCUGUUUCUGUAGCGUAAGAAGGAGCAUGGGCUUUAUCAGUUAAUGGCAGUGGUGUUGCUUCUGUGCAGAGCCAAUGAAUUAUUCUCAUUUUAGAAACCAUUUUUCUCAGUUAGUAGCUUUAGAUGUUUGCUCUCAUCAUUUUUCUAAAAUUGUUGGGGUUAUCUUCUUAGCUAUCUUGGUUUUUAAAAAAUAUAUAUAUGGUUUGGAAAGUUUUCUCAGGUAUAUAGAAUGUUUUUAACCAUGUUUCUUGGCUCCUGUGAAGGAGUCCCAGGUUUCACAAGGAAGUUUUCAAAUACCAUCCUAUCUGAACAUUGUAUUUGUGAGACUGCAUUUAAAGUAGGAGUACUUUAUAAAUAAUUAUCUUAGAAAAGCUCUUCUGGUGGGGUUCAUGUACGCAGGAUGUGUAAUUUUGGAGCCAAUAGUUUAAUAUUUUUAAAUUGUAUUCUGUUUAUUUACUCUGCAUCAUUUCAGAAAGAUUAGAGGCAGCUAUUAAAACACAUGUGCUCCAAAACAAAGGGGAGUAAUACAGUCAAAACGGAAGGAGAAAGGCUAACACACAGUCAGAAACGUGUGCCGGGCACAAGCGCAGGACAUCCGAGAGCUUUGCUGAGUUUUCCAAUGAAGAGCACCUCAGAAAGCAAUUGACUUGUCAGUAAUGACAGCCAACACCGCUACAUGCUAAAGAUAAAUAAAUAAAUAAAUAAAUAAAUAAAUAAGCCUUGCCCCCCACGAGGGCAGACUGUUAAGACAGCACAGACCACUGAAGUUCACAGAGAAGCUCCAAAAUUAGAUUACACUAGCCACAUGUGCCUGACGGAGAGUCGUUAUCAAGAAAUAUCUGCUGGGAGGUGGCGGCGCAAGCCUUUAAUCCCAGCCCUUGGGAGGCAGAAGCAGGCAGACCUCUGAGUUUGAGGCCAGCAUGCUCUAUAGAGCAAGUUCCAGGACAGCCAGGACUGCACAGAAUAGCCCUGUCUAGAAAAAGGAAGGAAGGGAGGGAGGGAGGGAGGGAGAGAGGAAGGGAAGGAGGGAAGGAGGGAGGAAGGAAGGCAGGAAGGAAGAUCUUGAUUGGUUGAAUGGGAAAAAACGAGUGAAUGGAUGAAAUAGAGGAAAAUAAACUACCUAUGCAGUAGUUAUUCAUAGAGUGCCUGUCAUGUGCUAUGGCAUAUUCUGAUGCCGUAAGUGAAAGGUUCAGUUCUUAACAAGUAAGAUCUAAAGGCUGGCCAGACAGCUCAGAGGGUCAAAGCAACCGAUGACUUCAGUUCGAUCCCUGGAACCUGCAUAAAAUGGAAGACGUGACUCCACAUGCCUGCUCCCUGACCUCCACAUGGUUGUUCUGGAACGCAUGUGCACACACACACACACACACACACACACACACACACACACACACACGCACACAUGCACACAUGCACACACGCACACGCACACAUCAUGCAUACACAUGCAGUAAUCAUAAACGAAGUUUGGAAGAAAUUGAAUAUAUUUAAAACAGUAACGAAGAUGGCAGGUGGGAUGGAGAUAAUAGCGUGCUUUGGGCUUUAAAUGUGGGAGACACCUCCCCACAUAGGAAAGAAGAAAGAAUACAGUAGACACAUGCAGCCUGUGGAAGUGGCAGCGUCUUGACGAGGUAGAAACGAAAGAGGGGCGUGCCACGCCGAGGAGGGCUAAGAUGCCGACUGUGAGUGAGCUGCCCUCUGAAUGUUUUCCUCCAGGAAAAACAAGGAGCUGGUUUGGCUGUAGCUAUGAUUUGUGUGUGAUUCACAUGUGACACAGUAAGAAUAAGGCCAGGAAAGUGGGGAAGGGACCACUUACAGACUCCAGUGACAAGCCCGUGGUUCUCCGUGGGUGGGGUGUACUUGUUGGGGUGGGGUGAGUCAGGCAAGGUUGGACUUGAGAAAAACUGGGCAGUGGCAUCAUUGCCCAGUAAAGGAGCAAACAGAUCACACACAGACACAUUUAGCAUAGUAACAGAAAUUCCAUACUCAAAGCAAUGCACUGCUCUUCCUUCCUUAUGUUUUAUGUAAUCUUCUGACAUGCAGACACGCAACACGAUUUUUCAACCACUUUACAGUUUUCAGUAAUUCCUUUCAAUGACCAAAUCUAACAGCUUCUUGUAUCCACCUAAUCUGAAUAGUGAAACCUCCACUCCUGGCUUGACCUCAAUUGAGCUCCAAACUGGUUUAAACUAGAGGGAGAAGAUGAGUGUUAGAAUUAUGCAAAAAAAAAAUCCUGGUCUGCCUCUUAGUAAGAGCAAGCCCUGGUGCCUCAGUGCUGGCCGGAAUACUACAAAUGCAGUCGCUAUCAGGAAGAAAGACUCAGAGAAAGGUCUGCUCUGCUGAAAAGGGUGGAGAAAUUGGACACCCUUUGAAUCGUGCUUGUUGGAAAUCACAUUACCAGAGAAUCCCUCUUGGAGAUAUAUAGAAUCAUAAAUAGAACUUCCACCUGUCUGAGUAUCCAGCUGAAAGGCUAGGGGAAACUGAUGUCCUAUUUUUCACUGGGUUUUUACCGGGAGCCUGGGAAGUCCCUGAGACUCAGCCACAGGUUUGCCUACGUUUCCGCUCAUGUUAGAAUGUUCUGUGAUAUAAAGUCAAAAGUCAGGAAAUAAGCUGGAGCCAGAGCUGGAUCAGUUCCGGGGUCCUGUGGACAGUGGUCCACUCUUGGGCCCCAGGCUCCACAUAGGGAGUGGGCGGGAGAUGGCUUCCAUUUCCCACACACGGGGUAGGAAAAGGAGGAAAGGAAGGCAAAGGUGGCGCCUGAGUGGUGGGACUCCUCUUCAUUCUCAAGCGUGUUUCCAAAAGGCUUGUUAAGAAGGGUGUUUCCAGCCGGGCGGUGGUGGCGCACGCCUUUAAUCCCAGCACUCGGGAGGCAGAGCCAGGCGGAUCUCUGUGAGUUCGAGGCCAGCCUGGACUACCAAGUGAGUUCCAGGAAAGGCGCAAAGCUACACAGAGAAACCCUGUCUCGAAAAACCAAAAAAAAAAAAAACAAAAAAAAAAAAAGAAGGGUGUUUCCGACCCCUGUUUAUGACACCAUCGAUCUUGCCUCUUGUCACCCUCAGGUAUUUAGCUUAUCUGCAGAGAGGCCCUUUGGAGACCCUAAGAUCAGCAGUUAAUCAGCAGUGGCCUGACCGUGAAAGAGUCCAUAGUUUCAGUUAACAUUGUUUCAGGCUAGAAACAGCAUCUCAACCCAUAGUGUCUACACCAGCAGGGCCAGAAGGCUGCUUCCUCCCAGAGCGGUCACUGCAUUUUCAGUAGCCAUGGUGACAGGUGAAAGAAAGCCCCUGCCAGUCCCAGUCCCAUGUCCUGUUUUACUUUCUCUGAGACAUUAGAACAGAGACUGGCUCAUUUGCUUUUGCUUUUGUUUUAUUUUUUCUUUCUGAAAUGCUUCAUCUCACACCGCCUCUCUCCCUCUGCUUCAGCAACUCACGAAUCAUCCUAAAACACUUAGGCACCUGCCUUUUGCCAAAAUUACUUCUCUAAGAAAUACAAAACGUGAGGCUGUCGAGACAGCUCAGUGGUUAAGAGUACUUGCUGCUCUUCCAGAGGACCUGAGUUUAAUUCCCAGCACUCACGUGGCAGCUCAUAACUACCUGUAACUCCAGCUCCAGGAUGUCCAACGCCCUCUUCUGGCCCCCUCAGGCCCUGUGCCCAUGUGCACAUACUCAAACGCAUACACAUAAUUUUUUAAUAAAAAUAAUUCUUUGAAGAAACAUGUGAUGUCCUCUUUUCCUGUUUAGGGCUUAAAGCCCAAAGGGAUUAGUGAAAAUUUAAAGUCCAUGAGGAAUGCAUAUGUAUUCUGACAUAUCAGCUAGAAAUAGUGUUGAAAUCACUCAUCAGUACAUGCAUGGAAUCACAGCCCAAAGGAGACUUCCAAAAAGACAUUGUAGGUUUGGCUCUAAUCUUUUACUCUUUCUGAAUAUUUAGUGCAUGUUGGUUCAUACAAGGAAGAAAAAUAGUGUUCUGUUGGAAGUAGGAAACAAGGGCAGCCUGGAUUUUUGUGUUAAGAACCUCCUCCGUACUUUUUGGUUUCUGUUUAGCUUUCCUGAUAUUAACACUGGUGGUAUUGGCUAAAGGAAACUGUGGGUCAUGUGGGUUUUGUCAGGAGUGCAGACUCUGACAAAGAGUGUUCAUUCUGACGUUGGGAUAAUGUCCUGGUCCAUGGACAUCCAUUGAGUUUUCUUGGCAGUUGCUAAUAUACUAGUCACAUUCAUAGUCAUGAAGGUGAGAAUUUACACUGGAAGUCAUAAGCACCCCACUUCCCAAAGCGAAGACGCUGUUAAUGUUCUAAAAGCACCUAAAUACCUCAACUAUCUGGGCUGAGAAGAGGAGCUGCAGGCUUUUAAGAGGGCAGCUGAUGUCCUCAUUCCGUGUAGUCAAACCGACAGGACCCGCCACUCUCCUUCUCACUGUGGAAAAGUAACAUGAUCAUUUCAUUCACAUCCCAAAGUUAUAAACACAACCUGUAAAUUUCACUAACUUGUUUCAGUUUCGUUUGCUCCUUAAAAAGUACAACUUGCAUUUUGCAGAUGGUCAUUUCUAGUGUGUUCUCUGCAACUUUCUUUUUCUGUAUGAAAUUGCUGUGUUGUUAAUGUGUGUUCGUUUUUGUGGUUUUAAUUCCCAUUGGUGCACUGUACAAUGGGAUGUUGUAACGUACCAUGAAGAAAAGGAUAAUAUGCAGAUGUACUAUAAAGUGUGUUUUAUUUUCAAAUGACUGUGCUGUUGACAAUAUUUUGAUUUAUCAAAAUACUAAGGGAAAGUUAUAAAUUUACCAAAAUGUGUAUAUUUUAAUAAAUGCAUAAAGCUUUA